AUGGAUAGACCAAACACUGGAGGAAACAGAGUGCAAGGGGGUCAGGCAGGUUGGUCAAGUGCCCCUCAAGGGAACUGGUCUAGCGGAGGACAAUCCAAUUGGUCAAGCCGACAAAAGGAAGGAGACUGGAGAGGAUACCAACACCAAAUCCUCCAGUAUAGCAACCAGGGAAGGCAGUCAAGUAACCAAGUGGUGAGUUAUGUUCCACAGUACUUCCAAGGGAACCAACAAAACCACCAGUUCCAGAGCCAACCAGAGCAGUAUGGAUCGUCCGGUUUCUAUCAGCAAGGUCAUGGAGGAGGCCGAUUUAAUCAGAGAAAUAACAGGCAGCAAAAUGAAUAUCCAGGGGAUAUGACGAUUCCACAUCAACCCAAUGAUGCGGUGCGUGAAAUACAGAAAACCCAGAGGGAACAUAGGGCUGCAUUACAGAUGCUUACCAAGCAGUUAUCUCAAGUCGCCAUAUCGCUGGGCGAGCUGAGAGGUAAUGAAGGAAAGAUUCCGGCUACAGUGCAACCACUAGCAGGGCGGGAAAACGUCAACACAGUGUCCCUGAAAUCAGAAGGAGUUUAUCAAAGCUCAACUACAAGUUUUCCGACACCCAGGAUCAGUCAUAAUGCAAACUCUAAAUCCGCCUCUGAUCAAGUCACAGCGGAGGAAGAAUCUUACAUCCGAAAACAGGUUGCUGAAAAGAGAAGGAGGAUCGAAGCAGAAGAAGUGACCAAUAUGGUCCGACCUGGUGAUCUUCCCCCCAAGAGAACUGACCCAGGGGUAUUUACGCUCUCAAUCUCCGUCAGAAACGUCCAAAUAGAGCACGCAAUGUGCGACCUAGGGGCCUCCAUUAAUAUUAUGCCAUACUCUAUAUUCAAGAAGCUGGGGAAUGCCAAGCUCGUCGAAACUAAUAUCGAAAUACAGUUAGCAGACGGAUCUUGCAUUUACCCCGAGGGAGUUCUGGAAGAUGAGGUCGUCAAGGUAAACAGAUUCAUGUAUCCUGCGGAUUUCUUUGUUAUAAAGAUGACGGAACCAGGAGUGGAGGAGUCUAUUGGAAUCCUCUUGGGGAGACCUUUCUUAUCCACCGCCAACACGGUCAUUGACGUUCGCCAGGGAAUAAUUAAUUUGGAGUUUAAAGGAGAGCGGUUUACAGUCGAAAUUAAUAAAGCUGCAAAACGGUUGUAG